AUGGCCGACACGACUCAGGCUCCUAUCAACGGCACCUACCCCACGCAGGUGUACGCGGACUCCUACAACCACGUCAUGAACAACUCUGCCAACUUCCAGCCCGCGCAGUCGUCCACGCCCUCGAAUGCGCCGCCCGCCGAUCAGAAGAAUGGAAUCUCCAAAGACGAAGUCGGUUGGUAUUUCGUCGAGCAAUACUAUACCAACAUGAGCCGCAGCCCAGACAAACUCCACCUCUUCUACUCCCGUCGGUCGCAGCUCGUCUUUGGUACUGAGGCCGAGUCGGUUCCCGUCGCGGUUGGUCAGAAGGCCAUAAAUGAGAAGAUUAAGCAGUUGGACUUCCAGGAAUGCAAGGUCCGCGUUUUAAACGUUGAUUCCCAGGCCUCGUUCGACAACAUCCUGGUUCACGUCAUCGGUGAGAUAUCCAACAAGUCUGAACCGUCCCGCAAGUUCGUACAGACUUUCGUUCUUGCCGAGCAGCCCAAUGGCUACUACGUAUUGAACGAUAUCUUCCGUUACCUCACCGAGGAGGAAGAGGAUGUCACCGCUGAGGAGCCCAUCCCUGCUGCUGAACAACGGCAGCAGCAACCGCAGGAGCAGGAGCAGAAACAGGAGCAGCCAGAGCAGGCUCCAGAGGUCCUCGCAGAGCCAGCCGCUCCCGAGGCCAACCCUGCUGCUCCCGAGGCUCAGGUGGACAACGAGCCAGCGGUCGCCAAGGUCGAUGAGAAGCUCGAAGAGGCUAAGCCUAACGGCCAGAUCGUGGAGGCCCAGGCUGCUCCUGAAAGCAACGGUGUUGCUGAAACGCAAGAAGCUCCUGCUGCUCCUAGCGCACCGACUCCCGCCGCUGAGCCGGAGUCGACUCAGGCUGAAUACCCGCCAAGCCCGGAGCCCACUCCCAAGGCGGCUGUUCAGAAGGAAGCUCCGGCACCUGAAAAGGAGGCCCCUGCUCCCACCCCGGCGGUUCCGGCCGCUCCGAAGACCUGGGCCAACAUUGCAUCCAAGCCAGGUGCUACCCCGGUUGUUCCUGCUAUCCCUGUUGCUGCUCCCAAGGCCCCGGCUUCCAAUUCUGCUCCCCAGGUUGCGGCUGCGGCUCCUUCUGCUCCUGCUGCUCCUGCUGCUCCUGCUGCUCCUGCUGCUCCUGCUGCUCCUGCUGCUCCUGCUGCUCCUGCUGCUCCUGCUGCUCCUGCUGCCCCGGCUUCCCCGGCUGCCCCGGCUCCUCAGCCUGCUGCUGCUUCCGCGCCUACCCCCAACCAACCUGCCGCCAGCGACAACAAUGGCUGGCAAACCGCUGGCCACGACCACAAGAAGACUCAGUCACGUAGCGGUGACGAACAAGUCUCUGGUUAUAUCAAGAAUGUCACCGAUAAGGUUGACGCAAGCUUGCUGAGGCAAACUUUGUCCCGCUUUGGAAAGAUCAAGACCCUCGAAGUGAGCCGUCCAAGGAACUGUGCCUUCGUCGAUUUCGUGGAGCCUGCUGGCUAUGCCGCCGCUGUUGCCGCCAACCCCCACCAAAUUGGAAGCGAACAAAUCAACGUGGAAGAGCGUCGCGCUCGUAACCACUACGGUAAUGCCAACUACGGUCCUCGCGGUGGCGCUGGCCGUGGCCGCGGAGACCGUGCAGGCAGCCAGGGCCGUGGUGGCUUCCAGCGUGAUGGCCGUGGUGGCUUCGCUCCUCGUGGCCGUGGUAACUUUGGCCCCAAGGGUCAGGGUCGUAACCAGGCCCCCCAGGCUGCUUAA